AUGACAGAUAAAGAAGACGCUAGCAAAGAACCCGAAAAAGAACCACUAGAUGACGAGGCCCUAGAGAAGCUUGCAGUAGAAGAACUACUUCGCGAAGCAGUCCAAGGUGCUGCAAGAGCAGAAAUAGUUGGUCCAUCAGUUCACGCAGCUCGACGCGUAAUUCAUACAAAACAUCCCCAAAAUACGAACGAAAACCGGAAUCGACAAUUAAAAAAGAUAGAUCUAAAAGAAAAUACUAAAAUGGCGGACUACGAUGUAGAAAGUAUUAUAAGCAAAAUUAUUGAUAGCACUGAAGCAACAUGGUCGCCACAAGAAAAAAUGCCGCUAAUAAUGAAAGAAAUAGAACAAUUAAAAGCGGAUACUAGAAUAUUUUUAGACAAUUGUGAUUACGAUAUAGCUGGUAUAUUAAGCGAAAGUACGGAACUGUGUGCCGAAAGCAAAGCUUUGGUUGAGGAGAUGGAAGAAUGUAAAAAGGAGAUUGAACAAGAAACAAUGGCUGAAAUAUUAAAGUCCAUUGAGAAUCACGAUCAAAUUGCCAAAGAGUUAGAGUCCGUUAAUUUCGCUAUGAAUAUUGUGUUUGAUGUCAUAACAUGUGGUAGAUUUAUUAAAGAAUUCGACGAAGGACGAGAAGCUCAAAGUUUUUCAAAGGCGGUAGAAUCCGUUUAUGAUUUACUUCAGUUUAUAGAACAACCAGCCGAUGGUUUUAGUGAAAUGGAAUUGUAUACUAACAUAACUAAUACCGCUCACCUAAUUAUGGAUAGUUUGGUACACGAUUUGUAUCAAGAAUGGGAUCGAAUGGUGUCGUACACUACGAAACCAGGUACUCGAAAGAGUACAGUCACAUUUAACAUUACUUUAGACGAUUCUCUCAUCGCCAUGGAUGUUGUGAACGCUCUAGAUAAAAGCACAAAGCUAAUGGAAAAAAUUACAGAGUUUGCGGAUUUUCUAAAGAAAGAAGUUUUCAUACCAAUUCUCAAACACGAAUCCAUAGUUUACGCUGACUCGGACGACUCGGCAUCAGUGACCAUUACUUACAAAACGAACUAUACCCCACCGUACAGUGAUACUAUAGCCAAUAUGAGACUUCUAUUCCAUUUUUUAAACAAUAAAUUCAAUAUACCAUUUAACGAUGACAAGAGUAUAAUGAAGAUGUUCGGGCAAUUAAUAUGUGAGGAGUUUUGUGAAAUGAUGAUCAAAGACUGUUUUAUCGAGACUAUACCAAAUAAUAUAAACGAUCUCCAAACGUACGGCCGAGUUACAUCGGAGAUAGAAGAUUUCCAACACUUCCUUAAAAUUAUAAAGAUUUUCCCUGAAGAAGGAUUAUCGUUGCUGAAGUACAUGGAUAACAUUGAUGUUUUAUUCGCGGAACGAUCGAGUCAGCACUUUUUAGAGACAGCUCGCUCUAUUAUGUUUAAAGAUUUAAGUGUAACAAUGUCUAUAGGAGUGGAGAAAAUUCCAGACGAACCUAUACCACCAGAAGAUGUCCCGGAAGACAGCAAUAUAGUUGAAGCUCUAGACAUUUUUGCUAAAACGAUACCAAAAAGUCUAUUCUACUUUCCUCGGUGUAUGAUAUCGAAGACGGCGCAAGAGUUAUUGGAUUUGGUUUAUAUUAUAAUGGAACAGGCUGUGCAGUGUUCCGACGUAGUGUGUAAGAAGUUAUAUUGUACUGUUAGACUUAUAUUUGAACUGUACGAUGCGGUAGUUCCCUAUCACCAUGAAAAUUAUUUGCAAACCAUUCCACAAUAUGUGGCUCUGUUCCACAACAACUGUAUGUACCUAGCGCACAAUCUCCAAACCUUAGGUGAUAAGUGGCUCUCUCUGAUGGAGGGCAGGGAAGUGGACUACCCUAUUGGCUUCGUGGACUUGGUGCAGAAGAUCAGGGAUCUAGGAUAUAUACAUCUGACGAUGCAUAUGCAGCAGCAGAGAAAACAAAUUUUAGAUAAUAUACGUUCUUCUGAUCUAAACUGUAUAGUGGUGAAUGACGUGCUCGGUGACAACGCGGAGGCGGCGGUGAGGCAAUGUCUACGGCAGCUACAACUCUUGAAGAAUGUUUGGAUUGGUGUCUUUCCGUCCAAUGUCUUUAUAAGACUUAUGGCAACACUAGUAAAUAUGUUUGUGGAUGAGCUAAUACACCGAGUGUGCACUGUGGAGGAUAUCUCUAUGGAGAUGGCAACACAGCUCACCGAAAUGUAUACACUGGUUGUGCAAAAAACCCCACAUUUAUUCCAAAAUAUUAAUGAUGUUUCAAAGCAUGUCAAGUCCUGGGUCAAGUUACAAGAAUUAAUUUUCGUUCUGGGCGGAUCCUUGAAAGAUAUAGAAAACCAUUGGGAUGAUGGUAUUGGACCUUUGGCUGUACAUUUCCACGUAGAAGAAUUGAGGAAUCUCAUCAAAGCGCUGUUUCAAAACACGCAGUUCCGCGCCAAUUUACUAUCGAAAAUUAAA